AUGUUCCUCAAGAAAAAGAAAGAAUAUUUAAGACGAAAGCAAAAUAUUCACAAGAACGCUUUAGAUAUUGAAAAAGAAAGAAGUGGUCAUCUUCAAAGCAGCUUAGAAGAUUUAUCUAAACAGUUUGAAAAGCUUCUGUGGAAAAAAGGAAAACUUCUAACUAAACGGAUGCCUGCAUAG